GCCGCUACAUUUAAGACCGGGCAUUUGGUUGUGUGCAAGAUCAUUCCUCAAUCAUGGCUUCAGAUGAUUUUGAUAUUGUAAUAGAAGCAAUGCUGGAAGCUCCUUACAAGAAUAAAGAGGAGGAAAGUCAAACCAAGGAGACAAAAAAAGAACAGGAGAGCAGCAGCAGCAAUCAGACUGGCAACCAUGAACGCCAUCACCGUAGCAGCAGUAAGAAAAGGUGUCGCACUCAAAGCAGAGAUCGCAAAAGAAGCCGCAGUCGAAGUAGGGACCACCACAAGCGGCGAAGCAGCAGAGAUCGUCGUCGCAGCCAUGAACAUAGGCGCAGGAGCCGAAGUCGUAGUAGGCGUCAUAGUUCACGGAGCCACGAUAGGCACAGAGAUGAGCGAUCACGACACCGCAGCCCUGGACGGCGUCACACCCGUAGUAGGAGCCGCAGUCCACGAAACAAACAAAAGACCCCCCCAAGGGAACCUGAGGCUAUUCUCUCCCCAGAGGAACGAGAUGCACGUACAGUUUUCUGCAUGCAACUAGCAGCUCGCAUUCGAUCACGGGAUCUAGAGGACUUCUUCUCUGCUGUUGGCAAGGUGCGAGAUGUGAAGAUUAUUUCAGACAGGAACUCUCGUCGGUCCAAGGGUAUUGCAUAUGUAGAGUUUUGUGAGAUUCAUUCUGUGCCGCUGGCCAUUGGAUUAACAGGACAGAGGUUACUGGGCGUUCCAAUAAUUGUUCAAGCUUCACAGGCAGAAAAGAAUCGUCUGGCAGCCAUGUCAAACAACUUGCAGAGGGGGAACUUUGGGCCCAUGCGUCUGUAUGUAGGAUCCCUACAUUUUAAUAUCACAGAGGAAAUGCUGAGAGGCAUCUUUGAGCCAUUUGGAAAAAUAGAAAACAUUCAGCUUUUGAAAGAACCAGAUACUGGAAGAUCCAAGGGCUUUGGAUUCAUUACAUUCACAGAUGCAGAGUGUGCUCGGCGUGCUCUAGAACAACUGAAUGGAUUUGAACUAGCAGGGAAACCCAUGAAAGUUGGACAUGUGACAGGCGGUGGUGAUGCUUCAUUCCUGGAUAGUGAUGAACUUGAGCGCAAUGGCAUUGGCCUGGGAGCAACUGGUCGCCUGCAACUUAUGGCUAAGCUGGCCCAAGGGACAGGCUUACAAAUUCCACUUGCUGCCCAAGCUGCUCUGCAGUUAAAUGGAGCAUUUCCACUCACUGCACUAAACCCAGCACUCACUGCACUUACCCCAGCUCUCAAUCUGGCAACACAACAGGGCUUCCAACUUUCAAAUAUCUUCAACCAUCAAGCCAUGUAAAUUGCGGGCCUUCAUUUCUCCAGAUCCAUUUCAGAUUCUGCUCCAACGGAUACUCCAUGUUGCACAGAUUUGGAAGCUACAGUAUCCAUUAUAGAUUGUAUAUUCUGUAAUGAAAGCAGUGCUUCUUAAAUAAUAAAAGUGAGCCCUCCUGCUGAAAGUCCAUAGGCGUAGUCUAGAUUUAAUGGUUCUUUGCUAGCAUUGAAAAAAAUAAUGCUUAUGUUUUGGUACCGCGAUGUGGGUUUCUCUCUGUCCUGGACAUGUUCACUUUUUAAAGGAGAAGGAAAGGCUAAAACUAAGUAAGCUUUAUCAGAAAGGUUUAUAUAAAUACACCAGUAAACCCUCAAAGUAAUGCUGCUCUGAGUCCUCUGUCAAAAGAAACACUGCAUUUCUUUCCUUCUAUUGUGUACACAUGGGCUUUUGUAUCAGACUUCCUGUUUUAAGCUUAAACCUCCAGGGCUAGGGCUUGAGCAUGCUCAGUUUGCUCCUCUCUCCCUCUCCCCCUCCCUGCUGUAAUCUGAGCCCAGAGCUAUGAGUGAGCAGGGAGAGACUCAGGCAGGAAGUGAUGUCACACCAAGCUAAUAUGGCAGCUGCUAUCAUAAACAAACAGAGAGCUUCUAGAGCUGUUUACUCAGGCAUGGUAAAACAUUCUGCAAAAUAAAUAUAGUGUUCUAGCUUGCACUAUUGUGGUUAAUCUAUUGGCAAUAAGAUGCCUCUGAGCUUUCCUUCUCCUUUAAUGCCUUAUUCCAUUCUACCCUUCAAACACUCC